AUGGAGCUGCGGGUUGCGCUGGGGCUGGCGCUGCUCUGCUCCGCGCUGGAGGCGGCGCCGGCCGGCCCGCAGCGGCCCCGCUCCGCCGUGGGGCAAUUCUGGCAUGUAUCUGACCUACAUUUAGAUCCAACUUACCACAUUACCCCUGAUCGCACCAAAGUUUGUUCUUCUUCCAAAGGAGCAAAUGCUUCCAAUCCAGGCCCUUUUGGAGAUUUUUUGUGUGAUUCUCCUUAUCAACUUAUUUUGUCAGCAUUUUCGUUCAUGAAGAAUUCAAAAGAGCAGGUUUCAUUCAUGAUUUGGACAGGAGAUAGUCCUCCUCAUGUUCCCAUAAAAGAGCUCUCCACGAAGUUGGUCAUUAGCAUCAUUGGUAAUCUGAGUUCUACAAUUCGUAAUUUCUUUCCAGAUCUUCAGGUUUUCCCAGCCUUAGGCAAUCAUGACUACUGGCCACAGGACCAGCUUCCUGUAACUACCAGUGAAGUUUAUAAUGCUGUAGCAGAUUUCUGGAAACCUUGGCUAAGUGAUGAAGCAAUCAAUACCUUCAGAAAAGGUGGCUUCUACACACAGCUGUUUGAAUCCAGUAAUAGCCAUCAACCACUCAGGAUAAUCAGUCUGAACACAAAUUUAUAUUACAGCCCCAACAAGGUAACUGUGAAUAUUACUGACCCAGCCAAUCAGUUUGCCUGGCUGGAGGAAAUACUUGAAACCUCUUCAAAAAUGAAGGAGAAGGUGUAUAUAAUAGGUCAUGUCCCAGUAGGAUACUUGCCAUAUGCAAGGAAUACUACAGCUAUCAGGGAGUAUUACAAUGAGAGACUGGUAAAGAUUUUUCGCAAAUACAGUAGUGUUAUUGCGGGCCAGUUUUUUGGACAUACACAUAGAGAUAGUAUCAUGGUACUCCUGGAUGAAGAAGAAAAGCCAGUCAAUUCCUUGUUUGUGGCACCUGCUGUAACCCCAGUGAAGAGUGUAUUGCAAAUGGAGUCCAAUAACCCUGGUGUCAGAUUGUAUCAAUAUGAUCUUUUUGACUAUAGCUUGCUGGAUCUUUGGCAGUUUUACUUGGACCUCAGAGACGCCAACCAGAAAAAUGAAUCAAACUGGAAAUUAGAAUACAUCCUGACUAAAACUUAUGGCAUUGAAGACUUGAAGCCAGAAAGCCUAUAUGAAAUGGCCAGGCAGUUGUCUAUGCCACACAGCACACUGUUUGAGCAGUAUUACAGUAACUAUAUUGUGAGUUAUGACAAAACUAUUGUCUGUGAAGAGGGGUGCAAGACCUGCCAAAUAUGUGCAAUCCAAUAUUUAGAUUACUCCUCAUACACAGAUUGCAUCAAUCAGGAGGCAAUGUGGAGAUGAAAUCUCUGUGCAGUUAAUGCAGAUAGCGACUUUAGCCUGUGAUUUAAAGAACCUGCUUGUUCUUUCACUCAAGCACUGACAUGCUGACAGGGAGCCUGUGGGACUUCUCUACAUUUCAGGGGAGCAGUAAGAUCUCCCUAGAUCUUUCUUC